UAUGGGCGCAAGGUCCCAACACAUUUAAUCAAACAUGAUAACAGAGGCAAACAAAAAAAACAGUAGUAUAAGAACCAAGUGGCUUAAGGCAAGGUUGUAGAAUAAUCAAACAUCUACUAUGGAAAUAGGAAAAGACAUUGCGAGAGAGGAGCAAGAGACAACAGCAAUGGAACCGCUUAGCCCGAUUUCACGGAUGUUUGUUUCGCCGAGUCUCUAUUGCUUCAUUAUUUUCACUUUAGGGUUUCAAACUAGAUGCAACCAAUCCUCCAUUGUUGAAGGUGUCAAGAACACAUGGAUCAAGCUCCCUCGCUUCUCUAGCAAAGUGGAUAUAAAGAAAUAUGGAAAAGCGUUUUGGAUCCCUGUUAGUGUUCGAAUAGAAGAUCAUGUUAUUGUUCCAGAUAUUGAUUAUUCCAACAUUGAAAAUCCUGAUCAAUUUAUAGAAGACUAUACUUCGAACAUAGCUAAUACUCCAAUGGACAUGUCUCGACCUUUAUGGGAACUUCAUUUACUUAAUAUAAUGACCUCAAAUGCAGAAUCUUUGGCUAUAGGAAAGUUUCAUCAUUCACUUGGCGAUGGGAUGUCUCUUAUGUCUCUUUUAUUAGCUAGUUCACGGAAAACGUCAGACCCUGAGGCUUUUCCUACUACCGCGGCUACCAAAAAACAUGUUGAUUCCAAUAUCAAGGGUUGGUGGUUGGUGGAAAGAUUUUGGUUCAUGCUAAGAGCCAUUUUCAUAACUGUUAUUGAAAUGUUCAAAUACUUGCUUACACUAUGUUUUAUGCGGGAUACUAAAACUCCUCUCAUGGGUAAAACCGGAGAUAGAAUUCGAUCUAAUAAGGUUAUCCAUCGGAUAAUAAGUUUUGAUGAUGUCAAGUUGGUGAAGAACACAAUGGAAAUGAAAGUAAAUGAUGUUCUUCUUGGAAUGACACAGGCAGGUCUCUCAAGAUAUUUGAAGAAAAAAUCUGAUAUUGUGGCCGAGAAGAAAAGUAUCUUAGAACAUAUCCGUCUUCGUGGUACAGUAUUCAUAAAUUUAAGAGCAGACACAAAAAUCGAGGAACUUGCUAAUAUGAUGGCAAAAGAUUCAAAGUGUAAAUGGGGAAACUUCGUAGGCUUUGUUAUGUUUCCGUUGUGGAUAAGAUCUGAAGAUGAUUCGUUGGAAUACGUCCGACGAGCCAAAUCUAUAAUGGAUAUUAAAAAACUCUCCAUGGAACCACUUCUUUGCUAUGGACUCAUCAAAUUUACCAUGAAAAUAUUUGGGGAGCAGGUAGCAGAAACUCUUAGUAAGAGGAUAUUUGAUCAUACAACAUUGUCAUUUUCAAAUGUGUUGGGGCCAGACGAAGAAAUAAGUUUUUUUGACCAUCCUAUGUCUUACGUCGCAGCAAGCGCAAUAGGUGGACCGCAAGCUCUUAUCAUCCAUUAUGUAAGUUAUGUAAACAAGAUUGUCAUCAAUCUAUCUGUAGACACAACAGUGAUUCCAGACCCUCAUCUACUAUGUGAUGAUUUGGUAGAAUCCCUCAAUAUCAUCAAGCUUGCUGCCAUGGAGAAAGGAGUUCAUAAAAUGGAGGUUUGAGAUAUGUACGUCUCUCCUCAUAUAAAUUAAAAACGAAGGUGUAUGGUUUUUAUUUAUUUAUGUGAAAUUGUAUAUUCUGAAGACGUUGGGAAUUAACUAACGUUAUUUAUAAUAUUUGAAGUUUUGUUUCACACACCAAGAAAUCAGUUUCUGCAGUUUCAUUUUGUUCGACACAUACGUAAAAUC